AUGUCCAUCCUUCGUGGUGCUCCGUCUGGAGUAUUUGAACUCCAUCGCAGCAGUUCUUUCCGAGAACCCCAGCUCAGCCACCACAAAUACGCGUCAGAAGAGGAUGAUGGAGCCGCUACCACCAGUGAUCACCCGCAGGGCGAAAGUGACUCUGAGGAGGAGGUGGAUGAGUCGGUCAGAGAAGAUAUGAAUAAACUGGAAGAUACAUUCCCCGGCAUCUCGGACCGAUUUCGACUGGUCAAUCGAAUUGGAGAAGGGACAUUCUCCACGGUGUACAAGGCAGAAGACUUGCUCUACGAUCACUACCAGAACGAGUGGAAUGUUUUUGGACAGGCACAACCAGAUGCCUGGGCGGAUCCUCCGUCCAAAAGACGACGGGUUGAGGGGGCGUCUACGGAGCGCAAAAAGGCGCGAUAUGUUGCGCUGAAAAAGAUCUAUGUCACCAGUAGCCCGUUGCGAAUUCAAAACGAGCUCGAGCUACUUCAUGAUCUCCGAGGCUGCCGAUCCGUUUGCCCUCUGAUCACUGCCUUUCGAUACCAGGAUCAGGUUGUUGCAGUACUACCCUACUUCCACCACAGCGACUUUCGGGUUCAAUACCGCACCUUCAUGGUUGCAGAUAUGCGCCAUUAUCUACAGUCACUUCUAACCGCAUUGCACUCGGUACACGAACAUGAUAUCCUCCACCGCGAUAUUAAGCCGACCAAUUUCUUGUACAACCCAGACUUGAAAGAAGGCGUCUUGGUGGACUUCGGACUUGCAGAGCGUCAGGGAUCUGAGUACACCAGUCCAUGCCUCUGUACCCAUCAAACAUAUGUUCGCCGGAGUCGGAUACUUUCCAGUUAUUAUUCCAAGAACCCGCCGUCUACAGGACUGUCGGCUGGCUACCCCAAAAAUGAUUCACGGCCGUCGAGACGAGCAAAUCGUGCUGGGACCCGAGGUUUUCGGGCCCCCGAGGUUCUCUUCAAGUGUACUUCACAGACCACCAAGAUUGAUAUGUGGUCCGUGGGCGUGAUUCUCUUGACGUUGCUCGGACGCCGGUUUCCCUUUUUCAAUUCCGCAGAUGACAUUGAUGCGAUGAUUGAGAUGUCCAGUAUCUUCGGCACCCGGCGCAUGAAAACGGCUGCGGCCCUGCACGGACAGAUUUUUGAGACCAACAUUCCCACUAUUGGCGAGAAAGGGUAUAGCUGGGAAAAGCUGGUGAAAUGGUCCAGUUGCGUGGAAGAUUUGACGGAAAGCGAGCAACAAGCGACACGCCUUCUGUCGGGGUUAAUGGAAUUGGAUCCUUCCAAGCGCCUCAGCGCCGCAGAUGCCCUCCAGCAUGAGUUCUUCACUAACCCUAUCCAUCACGACGUGGAAUGGGGUGGCCACCCGGAAGAAAGUGGGGAUUCGGUCGAGGAGGAUGCAGGGGAUGACGAGGCAGACGAAGUCGCCAUGCUAUGA